ACACCUUUUAAAUGUGACACUUGUGGGAAAGCUUUCAAGUUUAAGUGGUAUUUGAAUAAACACGUUAAAAUCCACACAGGAGAGAAGCCGUAUUGUUGUAACACAUGUGGGAAAGAUUUCCGUCAAUUAUCAUCUCUGAACAUUCAUAAUAGAGUCCACACAGGUGAGAGGCCAUAUUGUUGCAAAACAUGUGGAAAAGAUUUCCGAUAUAAGAACCAAUUGGUUGAUCACAUGAGAACCCACACAGGAGAGAAGCCAUAUUCUUGCAGCACAUGUGGGAAACGAUUCUCCCGGACAAAUGAUUUGAAAACUCAUGCAAGAAUCCACACAGGUGAGAGACCAUAUUCUUGCGAGACCUGUGGAAAAGAUUUUCGACAGAAUAGUACCUUGUUAGUCCACAUGAGAGUCCACACAGGUGAGAGGCCGUUUAAAUGUGAGACAUGUGGGAAAGGAUUCACUCGGACAAAUGAUUUGAAAGCUCAUGCAAGAAUCCACACAGGUGAGAGACCAUAUUCUUGCAAAACAUGUGGAAAAGAUUUUGGACGCAGUUAUCAUCUGUUAGUCCAUAUGAGAGGCCACACAGAUGAGAGACCGUAUUCUUGCAAAACCUGUGGAAAAGAUUUUCGACAGAAUAGUACCUUGUUAGUUCACAUGAGAAUCCACACAGGUGAGAGACCGUAUUCUUGCAAGACAUGUGGAAAGGAUUUCAGACGCAGUUAUCAGUUGUUGGCCCACAUGAGAAGAGCCCACACCGGUGAGAAGCCGCACCUUUGCCAGAUCUGCGGGAAAAGAUACUUUGAUGAGUCUCAUUUGAUAAACCACAUGAAAUCACAUACAGGCAGGUAGCCUUGUAUUUCAAAAAUUAUAUUGGAGACAAUUCAGUUCUGGUGGCUCAUGGUUAAAACACACAAGUCAAAGAAAUGAGGAGCCACAGAAUUACAGCACAUUGAAAACAUUUUUGAAAAACCUCUUGACACCUCAUGUCAACUGGAGACUUUUUUUUGUCUGCUCCAUUUAAUUUGGUAAAAAUGUUUUGGUAUUUUGUAAAUGCAUCAACGCCACAGCUGACUACAGACUAAACUGUAGAUGAUGUACUCCAUGGUGCUGUCAACAGAUCAGCUUAUAAAGUAGUAAUGAAAAGUGAAUGAAUAUUAAUGAUCUGUGCCCAAAGACAUGUGUUCUCUUUUUUUAACUCAUCUAUGUAUCCAAACACUAAAGCUUUGUAUUGUGAUGAUUUAACAAUAAUAAACCCUCUAGAGGUGUUGGAUCACUUA